AAUGACUGUCAGUCUAAUUUUAUUAUUUCACUUUGUGUGUGUAGUGUCUUUCUGAAAAAGUUAGGUAGAGGUAGCUUACCUAUGGUGUCGUUGUAUUUAUCAAUUCUAUAAUUUUUUCUGUUUCAAUAAAAUUAAAGGAUCCCUAUUUUUACCUAUAAUUUUUUAAUCUGACUUUUUACCUUACCAUACACACUACAUACUUGAAGGACGCGUGACGUGAGACUUAUUGUGGUUGACCAUCUGUGCAGUGUUAUUGGUGGGUGGAAUCAUACCUAAAAAUAGCUUCAAGAUUGUAUUGCAUCACUGAAUUGUGGUUACAUUGUUGCUAAACUUGUGUUUACUUGACUUUUUUUAUUGAAAAUGGAAAAGAACGGUAAUCCACCCCCAUACCAAUGGGGCAUCAACCACACAGUUCAACCUCCGCCAGCUGCACCACCGAGCUACUCGCAAGCUGUUGGAGGAGUUGGCCCAUCUAGUCCGUACACGCCUCAGUAUCCGCCUUCUGCUGGUCCGGCAAUAGUGACAACAGUAGUUCCAGUUGGUCCACAUCCAACACAUAUGAUAUGCCCCAGCUGCCAUGCUGAAAUAGACUCUGAGACACAGACAAAGCCUGGUCUUAUUGCCUACAUCUCGGGAGCAAUAUUAUGUGUAAUUGGAUGUAUCUGCGGGUGCUGCCUCAUUCCCUGCUGUAUAGAUAGCUGCAUGGAUGUGCAUCACAAGUGUCCACACUGUGGCACUUAUUUAGGACGCUAUCGACGAUGAACACCAAUAUGUCAAGUACCCACCUACUGAUUGGAUUAUUUUUUGAAAACCAUUAAUUUCUUACUGGACUUGAUAAUGAUCAAUUCUUUUUAUAAAAUUUAACAAUAGGUCUUCCGAGACUUGUCACAGUGUUGUAAUUUGCUUUAUAAGAAAACUUAAUAAGCUAUGCCUUUACUUAUUCCAAUUAGUGCAUGUUUUGUGCUAAUUUACAAAUAAAUAGGAAUUGAUAUAUUAAUUUAUACAUAUGACCCAUUUCAAUCGUCAUCUAGUUUUAAGUAGAAACCUGUUUGUUUUUUAAUUCCAGUGACUUAUUUUGAAUUUGGUACAAUAUGAUGAUAGCAUAAUAACUUAAACUGUUACCAGUUCCAAUAAAUAGUAUAAUAGAUGAUAUGGGUGUGGUUUAACAAAUAUUUUUAUCAAUAUUGUAAUUUCUGGCAGCAUAUCAUAAUAAUGCAUUCGUAAAGCAUAUAGUAUUGUUUCAUUAUAGCUAGCUAUUUUUGGUUCUUGCAACGAUUUUGGAAGGUUAUGUUGUUUCUAGUUCUUAGGAGUUUCUCUGAAUAAUUUUAACCCACUAAUCAGAUUAUUAUUGAAUGUCACGAAAUUUAGUGAAAAUGUUUCUCGAAAUUGCUUUAAUUUUGAAAUUUUGAGUUUCCUACAAACAAGGCCUACACAAAUUAGCAUGGUCUUAAUGAUAUCUCUGUUUGAUAUGAUUUAAUUGAAUAAAUACAUACAGUUUUAAAUGUGUAAGCAAGUUUGUGUCAAAUAAAUGUAAUUAGACUAUAGUUUCUAGCAGUCUCUUUGAGGAAUAUCUUGAGGUUUACUAAAUAAACUUAUUUUAGAUGCCAGUGAAUACAUUCACUCAUUGGGACAUAAUGUUUUAUUAUCUAAUGUAUGUGGUCAAGUCGGUAGCUAAAAAUUAUUGCAAAAUGAGAUAUUGAAGAGCAAGAUAUACAAUGCAUAUGUUUCAAAAUUUGAAUGCUAGUUUUUUUUUUUUCAUUCUAAGCAUAUUCAAAAGAAAACCUCCACUGGGGACAUUGUGUUUGAGAACAAUAUACAUAUACUAAUUAUUCUCUGUUACUUCAUGAUGCAUUUCACGAUGACCACGAUACAUACAGUUGACCGACGUCAUUUUAGGGCCGUCCCCAUUGCUCCAUUGUGUAUAUGUCAAGACUUUGUAAAACAACAGACUGGAAACAGGGUUCGUCACAAGAGAACAAUAGGGUCGCAUCUCUUUGCAGUCAUAAUAAAUAGCGACGAAUUUGCAAUAAAUAUAGGUAUGUUGAUGUGCCAUCAACUGUACAACUGUACCUCAUUUUUUACCAAAAUGGUAUAACUUGUUUUAUUUAUCUUGAAAGCCAAUAUUACAGUAAAAGUAUUUAUUUGCUUUUUAGUAUUUGUGUCAUAAGUAAUAAUGAUAGCAUUUCAAUAACAAAUCUGUUGUAAAAUAUAUUAUUGUAAAUACUUACAUACAGUAUUCAUUGAUUUUAAUGUUUCAAUGUACUUACAUGUAUUAUGAAUUUGUCUAAAGGAAGGCCGUAUAAGUCAGAUAAAAAGAUGUUCCUGCCACCCUAUAUUUCUGUCUGUUAUUACUAAAUUGGUAGUAAAAAUGGCUUACCAUUUUGAUGGAUAUGUAUAUUACAUGAUCAUAAUUAUAGCGAUCAUUAACCAAGUAUUCUGAAAUAAUAUAAUAAUUAUAAUAAAUCAUUGUAGUAUCUUAAGUUAUUCGAAUUAUAUGGCUUUUCCUAUAUACAUAAUAUACUUAUAUGUUUUAUGUUUAGAUAUAAUCUACAUAUAAUAUUAUCAUCAUCAUACAAAGGCAGAUUUAGACAGAGACUAUUUUUAGCUAAUAUAAAAAUAAUAUUUAAAUAGGCGCGGGGACAGCGAGAGACACGGGCGGAGGUUGCCUGCCUGCCUUUUGUGAAACACAUGUUUUACAUUAUAAGGGUAUUAGGUUAAACUAGCCUAAAUUCGCUCUCCUGGCUCCUGGCUUAUGUGGAAGCUUUUAAUUUUGUGUCGCAGUUCAGUUCAUAUACCUACUACCUAUCGUAUUAUUUUUAUACCUAUUGCCCAAUUAAAACACAAGCGUUGGCGAAUAAUGCUUUAGGUUGUGUUUUUUUUUACUUUUGAGUUUGACAUCACAAUUUAUUAGUAAUGUAAUAUUCAUAGAUUUAGAAGGGACCCACGCACGCGCGCGUCCCCGUAAUAUUUCUACUUUGAGAUUAAUAAGUGACAAACAUAAAAUACCUAAGUACAUAAGGCCUACAUAAUAUGUACUAUUAUUUUGCGUUUAUUUUUUAAUCUUUUGUGUAACAUCGUGUCAAUCAAACAAAUGUUAAAUAAACUUUAAUAUACUUA